GCAAAGCCCAGCCUGCCAUUAAACUUGCAGAGGGGCAAUGGCAGAACCAGCCCCGGUGCCGCUGUCCCGCCUGCUGGUCCCGCUGCUGCUGGCGCUCGGCUGGAUCCUGGGCUGUGCCCUCGUGGUGUACAUUGUCUUCUGCUGAGCAGGGGUGGCACAGCCUGACAGCCACAGCUGGUCAGAAGAACCUACAAUGAUGUUGACAGGAAGAACACGGAAACUCAAUUUAGAUUUCUAAUGAGUAAAAUAUGUAUAAAAUGAGUUAUUUUUAAUAUCAA